AUGUCAUCCGAAACCCCGGCUUUGCGCACGUAUGCUAAUGAGCCGUGUGCCUGGCUGCCUGUGCUGCUCGGCCGGGUGGAUAUGGCUGGAGGGUGGUGCAGGCGGUCGCGAGGCACCGUGGGAAGCUCCGCGAGGCCUGGACACCCCCAACCGCAGCAGCUGGCCACGGUAAUCGGAUCCCCGCACAAAGGGCCCGUUCAAGUGCCGUAUCCGCAGACUCUGGAGCUUUGGCGCACACCUGCAGAAGACACGCCGGGUCUGAGCCUUUUGUUUUCCCCUGGAUAA